UGAGAGGGCUCCAGCACCUUCAAAUCACACUGAUCUGACUGUGUCUACUGCACCUCCUGAUUCCCUGACAGUUUUUUUUUGUUUUGCUUUGUUUGUUUCUUUUGCCGGCGGCUCAAGAUGCCAGAGCCAACAAAAAAAGACGAGACGACAAAUGGUCAGCCAGAAGAAAGUGUUGCCCCAGACAGUAACGGUGCCCCAACCCUACCUGGGAUUUCCCUGGAGGUUUCUCCCCCACCAGAAAAUGGCAGUUCAAUCAAGAAACUCUCAAUUGACCUGCCUAAUGAUAGUGCCCCUGUGCCAACCAUGGGGAGAAAAGACUCAGUGUGGUCUCUGGGAGAGGGUCAGGCUCCAGAGGACGUGGACAAGCCGAUCGACAACCCACCCCUGUCCACGCUGCUGAUAGAGAAACCCCAGAGUGCAGCUGUCCUUGUGGGGGGUGACAUCACCUUUGUUGCCAAGGUAGAAGCAAAAGAUCUUCUCCGCAAACCCACAGUCAAGUGGUUUAAAGGAAAAUGGAUGGAUCUGGCCAGCAAAACAGGAAAACACCUACAACUUAAAGAGACCUUUGAGCGACAAACCAAGAUCCACACUUUUGAGAUGCACAUCAUCAAGGCCAAAGAGAACUAUGCUGGAAAUUAUAGAUGCGAGGUGACCUACAAGGACAAGUUUGACAGCUGUUCCUUUGACUUGGAUAUUAAAGAAACCGAACAGGGUUCGCAGAACAUUGAUAUUCGAUCAGCUUUCAAGAGAAGCAGUGAAGGACAAGAAGAUGCAGGCGAGCUUGACUUUAGUGGUCUCCUUAAACAUAGAAAUCAAAGGGAGCACAAACAGCAGGAUGACACUCCGGAAGUGGACGUGUGGGAGAUCCUGAAGAACGCCCGGCCAGACGAAUAUGAAAAAAUCGCCUUCAUGUACGGCAUCACGGACCUGAGAGGUCUGCUGAAGAGGAUGAAGAAGAUUCCAAAGGAGGAGAAGAAGAGUGCAGCUUUUGCAAAGAAGCUGGAUCCGGCGUAUCAAGUGGAUAAAGGGUCAAAAAUCCGCUUGGUGGUUGAUCUGGCCGACCCCACAGUUGAUCUAAAGUGGUACAAGAAUGGACAGGAAAUCAGGCCCACUCCCAAUCAAAGGAAGUAUAUUUUUGAGCAUAAGGGCACACAAAGGAUAAUGGUCAUCAGCAACUGCACCUCCAAUGAUGAUGCAGCCUACUCCGUGGUUGCAGGAGAAGAGAAAUGCACAACAGAGCUGUUCGUUAAAGAGUUACCGGUUAAGAUUGUUAAAGACAUUGAGCCCGUAAAGACCACUGUGAAUGAGAGGAUUGAACUGGAGUGUGAGGUGUCAGAAGAAGGAGCUCAAGUUAAAUGGAUGAAGAAUGGUGUCGAGGUUCCAACAGGAGUUCGCUCAAGAUACCGAAUUAAGAGUGAGGGAACCAAACACUACCUGGUCAUUGAUGAUGCCUCCAGAGACGACACCGGGACUUAUUCAGUCAUGGCCAGCGGGGGCACAUCAGAGGCUCGUGUUCAAGUUGACUUGAAACCACUGAAAAUUUACCAGGACCUGCAGGAUAUGACAGUGUUGCUGGGAAAACCCAUAAAGCUCCACUGUGAGAUAUUUCCUGGUAAUGUACCAGGCCGUUGGUACAGGAAUGGUCAGCUGAUCCAGCCUAGCGAUCGACUCAACAUAAUACACAGGAAUAAGAUUCACCGACUGGAAAUUGAGACAAGCUCCCUCCAUGAUGCAGGAGAUUACACGUUUGUGCCUGAGGGUUACUCACAGAGCCUUUCUGCCAAAGUCCACAUCAUUGACCCUCCAAAAGUUCUCCUGGAUAGCUUGAACUUUCCAGACAACACAGUCACAGUUGUGGCUGGAAACAAACUUCGAUUAGAGAUCCCCAUCAGUGGAGAACCAGCACCCAGAGUGGUGUGGACAAAAGGAGAAAGGGUGAUUCUUGAUUCAGGCCAUCGUGUUCGAGCUGAAACGUACGGUGACCAGACAAGCCUGACAAUUGAAGUCACGGAGCGGGAGGACACGGGCAACUACAAAAUUGUUUUGCAGAAUGAGGCCGGCGAGGCCACAGCCAGCGUUAAAAUCAAGGUUGUUGACAUUCCUGACCCUCCUGAUGCUCCUCUGGUCCCAGAAGUCGGUGGCGACUGGUGUUUUAUGACAUGGGAACCACCCAAGUAUGAUGGAGCUUCACCCAUUUUAGGCUAUUUCAUUGAGAGAAAAAAGAAACAGAGCUCCAGAUGGAUGAGGCUGAACUUUGAUCUGAUCAAAGAAACUUCGUUUGAACCCAAGAAGAUGAUUGAAGGAGUGCCAUACGAAGUGCGGAUUUUUGCAGUCAAUGCCAUUGGCGUGUCCAAACCCAGCGAACCAUCCAAAGCCUUUACUCCGCUUGCUGUGACCAGUGAACCCACUAUGCUGGUUGUGGAUGAUGUCACUGACACUACGGUGACUGUAAAGUGGCGUCCUCCAGAAACCAUUGGCGCUGCUGGGCUCGACGGAUACUUAGUGGAGUACUGCAUUGAAGGAACCGAGGACUGGGUGGUAUCCAACAAGGAGCUGACAGAGAAAACCAAGUACACCAUCACCGGACUAACUCCUGGAUGUAAAAUUUUAGUCAGAGUCAAAGCUGUGAAUAAAGCCGGAGCCAGUUCUCCAAGGUCUCUGCAGCACUCUGUUCUGGUCAAAGAGGUUGUCGAACCACCCAAGAUUCGAGUCCCAAGACACCUGAAACAGACAUACACACGAAGAGUUGGUGAAGCGGUUAACCUCGUGGUGCCUUUCCAGGGCAAACCCCGACCGAAGGUCACCUGGCUCAAGGAGGGCAAGCCCGUAGAACCGUCUCACGUUAGCAUCCGCAACACCGACUGUGACAGUAUCAUAUUUAUCCGUAAAGCAGAGCGCAGCCACUCUGCAAAGUAUGAGAUGAUGGUGCAGGUUGAAAACUAUGCAGACACUGCAGUUAUUGACAUACAAAUUGUAGAUCUACCCGGCCCUCCUCUGUCUGUGACUGUUGAAGAUGUCUGGGGAGGAAAUGUAGCUUUAGUAUGGACACCCCCGAAAGACAGCGGAAACGCUCCAAUAACAGGCUACACCAUUCAAAAGGCAGACAAGAAGACAAUGGAAUGGUACACAUGUAUCGAGCACUACCAUCGCACCUGUAUCACCAUCACAGAACUGGUGGUUGGGAACGAGUACUUCUUCAGGGUCUUUUCAGAGAAUAUGUGUGGUCUGAGCGAAACUGCUACCCAAACUAAAAAGAGCGCUCUCAUCGUCAAAGAAGGAUUGCAGGUGAAAAACCCCGAGUACAACGAUCGUGACUUCAAGGAGGCGCCCAAGUUCACGCAGCCACUUAUCAACACUUUUGCUGUCGCCGGCUACAACACUACUCUGAACUGUAGCGUUCGCGCCAACCCAAGGCCCAAAGUGAUCUGGAUGAAGAAUAAGAUCACCAUCUUAGAUGACCCACGUUAUCGUAUGUUCAGCAACCAAGGAGUCUGCUCUCUGGAGAUCAGGAAGCCCAGUCCAUACGAUGGUGGCAUGUACACCUGCAAGGCCAUCAACGACUUGGGAGAGGCCCAAGUGGACUGCAAGUUGGAGGUCAAAGGAGGCUUCACCUUCUACGAGCUCAUGCGACGUGGAGUACCCCUGCACCUGAUUGAAAAGUACAUGAAUGAGGCGAAAAUUGUUGAUCAAGAAAAGCAAAAAUGAAUGUAGCGCAGUGAGAUCCUUGGGCUUUGCAGACA